CUAAGCCCAAUAGUAAACAAAAUACUCGUGUUAGAAGUGACUUGUGUUUUAUUUGCGGUGAAAGUAAAUAACAACAUGGAAAGUGUUAAUGUUGCAAAAUAUUUGCUAGUUUUAGAAAGUUUGAAAUUUACUGAAGAUGAAGGCUGUGAUGAUAAAUCGAAAAAGAUCCAAGUCUCCAAAGAUGAGCAACGUGUGGAACAAAACAUAACAAUAUUGCAAAAGUUUAUGCCGGAAAAUACAACUGCUUUAAUUGAGAAAACUGUGAGUACAUUUAACACUUCAUGGUUGGAAUCUGAACUGCAUUUACAUUCUAUCAGUAUUGCCGAAGAUGAUAAAGAGCUAAUAUAUGCUGUUUAUAUGCAGCGUAUAUUGUUGGAAAUUGUAAAUAAUGUUAAUUUUAAUAGUGAGGCUAAAGAAGAUCUUAUAUCGACUCGUCAUAUCAGCCUCUGCAUUGAAGCAGUGCAAGAUUUGGCCAAAUAUGCGCUACAUAGACAGUUGCAUGUCACGUUCUACGAAAUAAGCGUCUUUACAAAUGAACGCGUGGCACACGAUGCUCAUUGUAAUUACCCAUUAUUGUUAUUGUCUAUAGAAAUAUUUGAGCAUUUAUUAAAAAUUAGGCAACUUCAUAUGGCCAACGCGAUGGAGAUAGUUUUGCGUGAUUAUAUUGCGGCUAUAUUCAGUAUCCGUUUAGCAAGUGCGACGCAGGAAUUCUCUCUACAGGAUGAAACUUUAAAGGCAUUACAAAAUAAAUUAAAUUAUAUCUGGCUGUAUGUAAGUAAGGUAGAAUUUUUAAGAAACAUUAUGCUACUGAAGGGCUUACGACGUGCACCAGCUGACUUGCAGAAACAAUUACAUCACGAACUAUUACAGAAAUUACUUUCUAAAGAUGGAUUUACAACAUUAGUUGCUACCCUGCAUACAGCGCAGUCUACAAACGCAAGUGGCACCAGCACGAAUAGAGCGAUGCUAAGCGAUAAGCAAGUUUUCGAGAUUAUCGCCAACAUUGUCGCUUUUCGUGGGCACACGCAACCCGCACAAAACACUUUGAUAAGACAAAUAUUCCAAUUUCUUAAUACUUGUUUACUAAACGAAAGUGCGAUGAUAGACUGUAUGGGCGCCGGACUGUUAUCACUGCGCCGACUUUAUGAUUUAAAUGAGCUAAACAAGUUGCAGAUAAGAGAUAUCAUUGCAAACAAUUUUUCUAAAUUAAGUCAACCAGCGGACGUGCUAAGCGGUCUAAUAGUGUUGGAACAUAAAGAGCUAUCCCUGCUUAUUGCCUUAACAUAUCAGCUCUUCUGCAGUUCAGCAGUAGAAUGUUUACCUACUGAACUAUUGAUUCCUUAUCUACCACUAUUGCUGCAAAUGUACCAUCACAUGCCCGAUGGAUUUUUACAAAAGAAGCAAUUAGCAAGUAUUGUAACGCGCUGCCUACACAAUUGUACGCUGGAUGAACUGCAACGAAUUGUUGUAAAGUUGUAUAAGCAAAGGUUCGAUGAUAAUUGGCAGCAGCUGCAUCCGCGCGUUAUCAUCUAUCCCAAUGUCGAACAAACGCAACUUACAGUAAAAAUUGCCGGCGUCGAAACGAAACAAGAUUUCAGUGCCUCUUUGGCAGUGCCAGAGCUUUUAAUGACCAGCAAUCACAACAUACUCACCUACAGAGUAUUUAUGAUUCUUUUGCAUGAAAUGUCUAAUAUUUUGGAUGACGUUGCGAUUAGUCAGCACGAAGCACAAAUUGAGUUGUUGCAAACCGAAGAUGAAUUAAUUACUUUCUUAAAUUCCAAAUACCCGGUUAAAGUGGAGAUUUUACUCUCUCUAAAUACGUUGAUCUCACAUCAGCCACUUAAAUCGCAAAUCUUUGAAAAUAUCACCGAUUUUCUACGCUUUUUACGCACUGUCCUGCAAAAACGUUUGAGCACACAUAUGUCCAGUGGUAAUGGUCAACAAACCGAAUCUAUGGAUCAAACUUUACUCAUUCUUUUGACAUUAACACAAGAGUUACUCGAACAAAGCCAAAUUCCGGAAGCAUAUCGCGAUUUAAUACCUGCGCUACAAAAACUACAAAUCCAAACGCCUAAUCAGCUAAUUAAAUCACGCGUUAAAUGCCUACUCCCACUAUUGAAUGGUGAAUUUAAGGCAAGUGCUGCACAGCAAUCGAGUGCCUUUAACACAGCGCGUGCACUUGUCGAAUCUACGGAGUCACACUUGCAGGUCUACGGCAUACAAAUGUUGCUCGAGUUGUUGCGGCAACGCGAUAGUGUAACGCUCGCCAAUACACACUUGCUAAUUGCUUUGGCGCUGAGCACGCUUAAAAAUCGAGAAUCAUACACGUUUCUAAAUUGUGUACGCUUGUUUGUGGGUUUAGUGCAUGUUAUGGAAAUCGAAGUGUUGGAAACCUUAGCCGAUGAAUAUCUCAACGAACAGGCGACAAUCGAUUAUCGUUUGGUAGUGGGAGAAGCUAUGCUAAAGGUUGCACAGGAGUUGGGUCCACUUUGUUAUAAAUACAAAGAUACAUUGUUGAAUUGUUUUAUGCAUGGCGCGCGCAGUCCCCUGAAUGAGUUCCGGAUGUCUUCAUUUUCUAAUCUUGCCCAGCUGGCACGUACACUUUGCUACCAAGUGCAACACUUUUUUCAAGAGCUGCUCAACCUCAUCGAUUGUGAGCUCAGCACAGGCAAAUAUCUGCCUGCCAAACGUGCUGCUACUUUGGUGCUAAGCGAACUUUUGGAGGGCAUCGACAAUUUGUUGGGCUUCGAGGAGAUGCUGCUGCCAAUUUAUCGCGUGCUCAAAGUAAUCGAAGCCGAUGAAACCAUAGAUGUGAAAAUGCGUCAACACGCGGCAAACGGUUUGAGAACAUUGGCCGCAAAGUGUAAGAAGUUUUUGUUCCCAGCAGCUCAAAUGCAAAAGGAGAUACGCAUAUUUGGCAUAAAUGAGCCCGAAACAAAAAGUGCAAACGAAAAUAUAUUCUUCAUGGCAAACAUAAACCUUUUAAAUGCGCUGCAAUUUACUAGUUACUAUUAUACACAAAUCAUGUAUAUGGACAGACAUUUAAGGCACCGUUACGAUAAGUGCAAAAAAUGCUUAAAAAUAUUUCACCAUGCUGACAAGUACAAAUAAGGAACACAUUCAACUAGAAAUUUU